GUCGGCGUCGUGACCGGGGUAGCACAAGGAGUCUCCCACCAGCAAAAAGAAAACGAAAAAGCCGCAAACGCAAACCCGGAAUCACGGACGACUAAAUUCUACAUAGACGUGGUCAUAGAAGACGAGGGUUCACGGUCACGAGGGCGUGGCGAACUUCUACACGACAGUAUAGUUGUUGUCCGCGACAACAAACUCUGGAUCGAAGCCAAGAAUCGAGCGACUGGCUUGCCCAGACGAGAAGACUCGCAUCCAUUCACUGGAUUUUACCUCAUGUAUCCAGAUGAAGACCGAUCUCCUGCUGAGCGAGGGUUGGUCACAACUAUUCAAAAAGACCCGCCGAUGCUCAACUGGAUCUACGUGGACAAUGAGACUUUCGAGCUCAAGUAUUCAAACCGAUCAGGCAGUAUAACUAAAAAGGUUGGCCCGUGGGACUGGACGGACGAAUUCAUCGAUUCGAGUAUAACCUUGAAUGAAUGGGAGGGAUUCUUGGCCGUCGAGGAGGAAAUGUACAGGAAUGAGCAGGGCCAUCCGAGAUGGGCUUUGUAUUACGAUUGGAAUGAUGAUGGACUCAAGGGACGGAAAAAGGGUAGAAGAACCAUGGAAAUCAGUUUGAAGCGCAGGUUGGUGGAGAACCAGGAGAAG